AAGAUAUGCAAAAUCUCUCGAUUUUAUAUGUUCCCUCUUUAUUUUCUGUCAACUUUUGAAUAUAUAUACAUCUCAUAACGUCCAUUGUUUCAAACAUCAUAUUCUUCCGUAUCAUCCAACUUUGAGUAUAACAUUUUGCUCUUUCUCUCUAUUUCUCUUAAAGAUCCAAUAAUAUCACAUGGCUGAGGUUAUGCUACCGAUGAAAAUGGAGAUGGCUAACGAUCCUUCCAAGUUUACAUCACCUGAUCUUCUUCAUGUUCUCGCCGUCGACGACAGUCACGUUGAUCGGAAAUUCAUAGAACGCUUGCUCAAAGUCUCUUCCUGUAAAGUUACUGUUGUUGAUAGUGCGACAAGAGCUCUGCAAUACCUUGGACUAGACGUAAACGAGAAACCCAUCGGUUGUAAGGAUUUGAAAGUUAAUUUGAUCAUGACGGAUUACUCUAUGCCCGGAAUGACUGGAUAUGAACUCUUGAAGAAGAUCAAAGAAUCGUCAGCUUUCAGAGAUGUGCCUGUGGUGGUUAUGUCAUCUGAGAACAUUUUGCCUCGUAUUGAUAGAUGUCUUGAAGAAGGGGCUGAAGAUUUCUUACUGAAGCCGGUAAAACUCUCGGAUGUAAGAAGAAUAAGAGAUUCUCUGAUUAAAGUUGAAGAUUUAUCUUUCACAAAGAGUAUUAACAAGAGAGAGCUAGAAACAGAGAAUGUCUACUCGUUGGACUCAUCUGUUCCCUUGCAGCUCAAACGCACAAAGAUCUGAGCUUUACCAAGCAGACUCCCAUGACAUGAUCUUUAAAAAGCUUAAUCACCUAUACAAUUUUCCACCCCCUGGUGUCUUUUUUUUUUGCCGAGUAAAAAACUCAGUGUUGACAGAGAAACAGGGCUUAUUCAUAUGACUAUGUUAGCAAUGUAAAUGGUAGAGAUAAACCACAAAACUAUUAUAUUAUUAUUCAUUAGAGA